CCGACUUCUGACGUACCGACGGAUUACAAAGCUUCCUAUUGUUACAACACAUAGUUACAAUGUAAGUGAACCACACUUUGUAGAAUCUUCGACGGUAAUGGCUAGAAAGAAAUCAUAAAAUUUCUCGACGCCAAUAGGUAGGGCUGGUUUUUCUUUAUUUGAUAUUCUAUUAUUUAUUAUUUCCUAUAACUACCUCCUAACGUAUAACUCUCUCAUCUAUCAUCGAUAAGUUUGCCUAUCAACAUCCUUUUAUAUUCUUAUAUAAAUACAAAAAAAUACCCUUAUCUCCGAUCUCACCUCCAUCCAACAUCACGCAACUGUAGAUAUGGCAGACCAAGAUGGGACGUCGCCCAAAUCCGGCGAGAUUGCUAUUAGCCUUACACAUCACGGAAAACCGUACAACUUCACCACAAACCCAACCGCCACCGUCGCCGACCUUGCCGCCCAAAUCCAGGAUGAACUACACAUCCCCAUCAGCAACCAGAAGCUCAUGGUCUCUAAAGUCGGCCUACUCAAAGCCCCCUUCGCCGAGCGCCCCGUCACCGAUCUCCAGGACAAAAAGAUAACCCUAAUCGGUACAUCGACCGAGGAGAUCGCCUCCCUAGCAUCGGCUUCGCAAAGCGCAGCGCAGCGACAAGCACACCUAGCCGCCGCGCGGCGCAAUCUUCCCAAGGCAUACUCGCGCCGGGACCCGCAGCGCGCUCUCGAAGACAGCACGUACACAUUCGCGACCGUGCGCCCCCUCCCCAAUCUGCCGCACCCAGAGCGCUCCCUCGCCUUCCUCGAGCGGCUGAAAGCCGACCCGGGGAUCCGAGCCGCGAUGCGCACGCACAAGUUCAGCGUCGGCCUGCUCACGGAAAUGGACCCGUUAUCGUACACCGAGGCUUCGCACGAGGGAACGACGCGGAUCCUGGGGCUGAACCGCAACGCGGGCGAGGUCAUCGAGCUUCGUCUGCGCACGGAUGCGUACGACGGGUACCGCGAUUACAAGACCAUACGGAACACGCUGUGUCACGAGCUGGCGCACAACGUACAUCAGAACCACGACCGCGCGUUCUGGGACCUAACGCACCAGAUCGAGAAGGAGGUUGCGCGCGCGGAUUGGACUCGCGGGGGGCGGAAUGUCGGGGGCGAGCAGUUUUACGAGCCCGAGGCGCAAGAGGAGGUGGCGUAUGAUCAUGGCGGGUGGACGGGCGGGGAGUUUGUUCUCGGAGGGGGAGGUUCGGGGGGUGGAGGCGCGUUGAGCAGACGGGAGAUCAUGGCCAAAGCGGCGGAGGAACGUAUGAAGAAGCAGAAACAGGCUGAGGAGGAGGCGAAGGGGAAUCGGUGAUGUGUUGAGUGAGAUAUGAUACGGAAUAUGCGGUUCUACUAAGCAAGCAUCUUACGUUUUCCUUAAGCUAGGCGAUACUACAGGGGAAAGGGCUUCUUGAUUUGUUGCAUGGCUAUGGUGUUUAGGGAUGGUAUAAGUAAGCUGGAUUGGUCUAUAAGCAAGCGUAUAGGCGUAUAUUUUACGAGCUAUGAGCUGUUUGAACAAUAGAAUGGAAUUUUUUUUUCAAGGGGUGUGGGAUGCUUUUACUUGUGGCAAUAACUUUUUGCCCUUACUUACUUACCCCUGAAAGUCACGAUGAGCUCAGCAAGGGGGAAAGGUGCGCAUCAUCCUCAAGAUAGAUAAAUUACCUCCUUUACCCUAUCAUACUUAUAAGGGAAAGCUCGUUUAUAUAUAGGAAUUACAGCACCUGAUAUCUUACCAAUGUACUCUCAUAUAGCAGUUUUCAUUGAGCCCCCUUUACAACCGUCUUCUCCACAACCACCACAACAGCCUUCCCAUCCUGCUGCUGUUUCGCAACCGUCUUGACCUCCUUCUCCUUCUCCUUCUCCUUCCCCUUUUCACCCGGCGGCGGCUCCGGGUUCUUGACCCACUCCUUGAGCUCCGGCACCCAGCGA